AAUAACCGUCAACAUGAAUAUUCUGUGCACCGUGCUAAUCAUCGCCAGCGUUUUGGCGGCCAACGCCAAGCCCAAUACCCAGGUCCAGAGUGCCUUGGAUCAGUAUUUGGUGCAUGCUCGCAGUCUGGAUACAUUUGUUUCCGAGGAUAUGACCACGCAGUGCUUCAACAUAUACAUGCCCAUGCUGAACCAAGUGGCUGCCACUUUCUCGAGUUCCUAUCAGGACUGCAUCACCACCGCCAAUGCCCAGACCGCCAAUCUGACCGCCCAGGCGGAGCAGCAGCAGAAGACCUAUCAGUCCGACGUUUCAACACUCUGCAGUGCCUUUACCGCCUGCAACAACAACACUGAUACCGCCAACUUCUUCAACUGCUACGCAAACGCUGCUGAUAAUGACGUCUCUGUGAUCUACAACCUGGCCAGCAACGCUGCCAGUUCGGCCACCUCCUUGAGCUCGGGCAUUCAAGCCAUCCAGACCACCGAGUACCAUUGCACCAACACAACGCAGAACAACUACGUCCGGGAUACUGCUGCCACCUACGAUCUGCUGGACAAUUGUCUCAAGAAUGGAGUGCCCACCACUGCUGCCACAUCCUCAUCAGCUCCUCAGACUACCUCUACCACAGAAGGGGGUUUCUUCUUUGACCUUUGAGUAGUUGGCAUAUUCUAAUACACGGUGAUAAAACCUUUUAUCGUUCAGUAAAUAUUUAAACCAAAACAAAAGAAGACAAAUAAUUCAAUUAUAUUGCCAAAUUCACAGUAGUUUGGUUUUACACUGCAGACAUUGCUAAUGAAAUCUUAACAUAAUAAAUUUUGGUUCAGAUGUAAUUGUAAAAACGAAGUGUUCAGUUAAAUAAAGUAGCAUUGGUUUCAGA